AUGCAUAGCUUGUCACGUAGAUAGUUGGAAUGUCCUCGUAGAGUCAGUACUACUAUAUCUCCAAGCGCCUCAGCUAGGUUUCCCCCACCAGGAACGGCUCAUUCAUAAGUUCUGAGGGCCCCCAUGUGGCGUGAUACAAAUCCUGGUUUUCUUCCUUUUUUUUUUCGAUGCUGUCCCAUAUGGCUGGAUGAGGUUUGCUCGAAAUUCUUAGCGACCGUCCUACGUCGUCCCACCGAAAAAACAGAGUGCCGGUUCUCACUUUUAGAUUCACUUCUUUUUGCCUGUGCUAGUCAUUAUGGCGACUUCUACUUCGGAUACAUUCCCUUUAGCAACCGAUCAGCCAUAUAGCGAAGGCGAUAGCGGGCCCGGUUCGAUUAGCUCCGGCGGUAGCAUCGACAAUUCAGCUGGAGCGUCCGGAAGUAGCCCUGGCGUUGUUCAAAUUUCCCACGGCGCGAUAGUCGCUAUUAUAGUUGUCGUUGCGGUCGUCUGCGUGCUUGGCAUCUCUACGGCAGUACUCUUCUAUUUGGCUAAGAAAAGGGAAUGGAAGGUUAGGGAGAGUAUUCGGCGUUCGGCGAGGAAGGUGGUCACGGCUCUUACGCCUCGUCGUUCCGAAUUUCCGAAGUCAGUCAAAGAAUCAUCUAAUGGCUCCUCACGAGGUCGUGUUCGCCUAGACGAUGUGCCGCCGACGCCUAAACUUCGACCUGAGGAUCUCGAGAAAGGCCUUGCCAAAUCAAGCAUUCGACAGAGUCCGGAAGGAAGAAGUAAGAAGUGGACCAGGAAGUGAUUGAUUCCCAGUGGUGGAUUGGCAUGGGCUGGACAAGGUUAUGCGGCGGAGAAUCGACACAGGUGUCGAAUCGGAUAUUCCAUUCAGGUUAUAUA